CUCUGGACUGAGCAGAACUUUCCCUCUGAACUCUCUGAUCCGGGAGAACAAGCAGAAGGAAACUUUCCACUCGAAACUUUCCACUGGAAACUUUCCACUCGUCGCAUCAGGAGAACAGAGAAGCGGCGGAGACACGACGGGACCGUUACUUUCCUCCGCCAUGAUCCGAGAUGUAGCUUGUGCAUUGGUGUGAUCGGCGGACCAUCAUGCACCUCUUCCUGCUGCUGAUCCUUCAAGCCACAGCAGCCUCCGGACAGAUCGACCCCACACAUUGUCGCUAUGCUUUGGGCAUGGAGGAUGGACGGAUCAAAGAUGAUGACAUCACUGCAUCCAGCCAAUGGUACGAGACCACAGGACCACGUUACGCCAGGCUGAACCGGGAGGAGGGCGAAGGCGCCUGGUGUCCUGAGGGACAGCUGGAGCCUUCAGACAGCCAGUACCUGCAGGUGGACCUGGGCCGACUGACCUUCCUCACCGUGGUCGGGACUCAGGGACGAUACGCCAGGAGCUCCGGGAACGAGUACGCCCGAGCGUAUCGCCUGAACCACAGCCGGGACGGCCUCCUGUGGAAGUCCUGGAGGAACCGGCUGGGAAACACGGUGAUGGAGGGCAACAAAAACGCUUACACCUCCGUCAUCAACGACCUUCACCCACCGAUCAUCACUCGCCACGUGCGACUGAUCCCCGUCACCAAGCUGUCGACCACGGUCUGCAUGAGGGUGGAGCUGUACGGCUGCCCCUGGGACGACGGCCUGAUCUCCUACGGGGCGCCGGAGGGUCAGCUCAUGAUGCCGCCGGGUUAUCCCAUCGCCAGCCUCAACGACUCCACGUACGACGGAGCGCACGAGAGGAGGAGGCUGUUUGGCGGGCUGGGUCAGCUGACGGACGGCGUGAUUGGCCUGGACGACUUCCUGCUGACGCGUCAGUACCACGUGUGGCCGGGCUACGACUACCUGGGCUGGAGGAACGACUCGCUGGGAACUCAGGGAUACGUGGAGAUGGAGUUUGUGUUCGACCGACAGAGGAACUUCACCUCCAUGAAGGUUCACAGUAACAACAUGUUCUCCCGCGGCGUGAAGAUCUUCUCCUCCGUGUCUUGUUGGUUCAAGCCCCGCCUCAUCCCUGGCUGGGGGGCGGAGCCUGUGGCAUUCAAGACAGUGCUCGACGACAGGAACCCGAGCGCCCGCUAUGUGACCGUGCCGCUGAACCGCCGUACCGCCAAGUCGCUCCGCUGCCGCUUCUACUUCGCUGACGUGUGGAUGAUGUUCAGCGAGAUCUCCUUUCAGUCGGAAGACACCGUCCUCCCGACCCAGAUGACCUUGGUGGUGACCUCCACUCCAGCCACUGAGACGAGCAUCAUGACCAACACAUCAGGGACGAUGGAUCCGUCCGCUGGUCCGCCCGACGACGGGAACACGCCCAUUCUGAUUGGCUGCCUGGUGACCAUCAUCUUGCUGUUGGUCAUCAUCAUCUUCCUCAUCCUCUGGUGUCAGUACGUGUGCAAGGUGCUGGAGAAGGCUCCACGUCGGAUCCUGGACGAGGAGGUGACGGUCCGACUGUCGUCCUGCAGUGACACCAUCAUCCUGCAGACCCCCCCGGUGCCCCCCCGCUCUGGACACGGCCCUGCAGGCUCGGCCAGCACAGACCCCCACUACGAGAGGGUCUUCCUGUUGGACCCUCAGUACCAGAACCCGGCGGCGCUGAGGAACAAGCUGCCGGAGCUGUCGCAGAGCGCCGAGGCCUCAGCGUGCGGCGGAGGAUACGCCGAGCCGGACGUCACCCAGUGCACCCCCCACCAGUGCUUCCAUAACAGCGCGCCGCACUACGCUGAGACGGACAUCGUGCGGCUGCAGGGCGUCACCGGCAGCAACAUGUACGCCGUGCCCGCCCUCACCGUGGACUCGCUCACCAGGAAGGACAUCUCGGCGGCCGAGUUCCCACGGCAACAGCUGAUCUUCAGGGAGAAGCUGGGGGAGGGGCAGUUCGGAGAGGUCCACCUGUGUGAGGCGGAGGGACUCCCAGAAUUCCUUGGGGAGGGGUCGCCCCUCCCUGACCGGGACGGCCCCUCGGUGCUCGUGGCUGUGAAGCAGCUGAGGGCCGACGCCACCAGCCAGGCCAGGAACGACUUCCUGAAGGAGAUAAAGAUCAUGUCUCGUCUGAACGACCCGAACAUCAUCCGGCUGCUGUGUGUGUGUGUGUCCUCCGACCCGCUGUGCAUGGUGACCGAGUACAUGGAGAACGGAGACCUCAACAUGUUCCUGUCGCAGCGAGAGAUCGAGAGCUCGUUGACACACGCCAACAACAUCCCUUCAGUCAGUCUGUCCGACCUCCUCCACAUGUCGGUGCAGAUCUCCUCGGGGAUGAAGUACCUGGCGUCUUUGAACUUUGUGCAUCGAGACCUGGCCACUAGGAACUGCCUGCUGGACCGGCGCCUCACCAUCAAGAUCGCCGACUUCGGGAUGAGCCGAAACCUCUACAGCAGCGACUACUACCGCAUCCAGGGCCGGGCGGUGCUGCCCAUACGCUGGAUGGCGUGGGAGAGCAUCCUACUGGGUAAGUUCACCACGGCCAGUGACGUGUGGGCGUUCGGUGUCACGCUGUGGGAGAUCUUCACUCUGUGCAAGGAGCAGCCGUACAGCCUGCUGUCGGACGAGCAGGUCAUCGAGAACACUGGAGAGUUCUUCAGGAACCAGGGCCGACAGAUCCUCCUCUACGCCCCCCCUCUCUGCCCCCCCUCUCUCUUCGAGCUGAUGAUGUGCUGCUGGAGUCGAGAUCUCCCCAACCGGCCGUCCUUCGAGGGACUCUACCAAGCCCUGAGGCCCCACGUCAGCCAGUGAGCCGCUGGGACGAACCACCCUGACUCUCCUCGGCAACACACUGGUUUGUUUCUCCUGGAAACCGACAGACUGACGUGUCCUGAGAGCGAGUCUCAGUCGGAGGAAGGCGACAGAGCCGAAGGUUGGUUUGCUUUGUGGGAACAGCUGCCCACUACUCCGAGGGACGGGAUGCAGAUGGGAUGGGCAAAUCAAAGGCUGGUGGACUCAGAGGAGGAACGUUCCACGAGAACCUUUCAGUCAUAGUGAACAAGGAUUUUUAAAGCUUUUUACAGAUUUCUGUCAAAGUCAGUUUCAAAGUUUCAUCCAUCUCAAGCCUCUUUGACCAACAUAUCUUGUCGGACCUUUUGACAAAUCUUCUUUUCUUCUUGUUAUGGUGCCAAAGGCGUCUUCAACUUUAUUUCCCUCCUCUUCAGACCUGGUAGUUCCUCCUGUCCCUGUGGUUUUUAUUAUUAUUGUUAAGCACUGUGUCUGUGUCUCAGUUAUUCAUGUUCUUAUUUUAACCCACACUGGAGCUAGGGUUAGGGUGAAGUUGUAGUGUAGGAUUAGAUGUUUUAAGAUUUUUAUUCGGUUUUAUUGUUUUCCUGGUUUAUUGUAUGUUCACGUGUUUGGUGUUUUUUGCUGAGGCCGAUCAGUGUCACACGGUGAAACCUGUGUCAGUAACUGUGGCUCAUUAGGGAAAGAAAAACAGAAACCAAAUAAGAAAAUGCCAAAGUAACAAAGGAGGAACAAAGAUUGUUUAAAUGUUCAAAUAAUUACAUGUUUCUAGUAAAAUGAUGAAACUCAU